UGACAGACAGUGACAGACACAGCAGUGACAGCCGGCACGCAGAGCGCAGAGACAAGAGAGGAUUUGGUGAGGAAUUUCCUCUUCUAGAGCUGAGGGUGUGUGUGCGUGCGUGCGUGCUCACAGGAACAGAAAACUCCGCCAUUUGCCCCGCAGACUGCGCCUCACGUGACACACCAGCGCCGAGGCGGCGGAAAUACACCAGAACCUCUCUCUCCGCUUCUGGGGGGCAUGCCAGUAGGGGACCAGCAGAGCAGGACAGUCCUCGCAACACCAUACUUCAAAGGAGACAAGCGCGUCCUCUUUGCGUAGUUGGACGAGCGACUGUGGAAGAUGUUCGACAUGCUAGCAUCCAAGAUUGGCGAGGCGCAAGCUUUUGCGGAUGGUCUGGUGAACCUCGAUGUUAUCAACAUGGACAGAUUGCUGGAGGAGCAGGAGAGGGAGGAGAGGUCCAAAGAAGAAUCGCUCCGGCUUCUGAGAAGCUCGGAAGAGACGACCGAUGCGUCUUCCUCCCAGGACUCUUCGGGCACGAGCACCACGGCGGCAACAGCGGGGAGGUCUGAGAGGGAGGCCAACAGCCUUGGUAGCGUGGGCGCGCUCGGUGAUAUUGAGAUCCCGCAGCUCCGUCAAGAAGAUAAUGCGGAACUUCGCAGUCACCCGUCGCCGAGGGGUAGCACGAGCGAGCACAGCAGUUUCGGCGAUAGGUUUGCCUCAAUGGAGGAUGGCGGGGUAAACUUCGAGGACGAGUUCGACCCCAUCUUGGCGUCGAUACGGAAACCGCAGCAACCGCCGGCGAGCACGACAGCUGCGGCGAGCAGUAUGUCGCCGAGAGGUCGUCCUGCGGCGACGACAGCAGCGGCGCCCCCGUCCGGCAGAGAGAGAGGACGAGAGGCAAACGACGCGGGAAGGCCCACCACCGGAUCCUCCCUCGCAGCAGGCUUCUUGUCCAUGCUCCCGGGGGACAUGCGGGCGAAAGCCGGGGAAGUGAUGGCGCAGUCUAGCGCACGUAUCUCCGAGUCUGCGAACGCGUUUCGGUCUGCUUUAGGCCCCGGCGGCGCGGCGCAAUCAGCGACCGAUAAGUCGAAGAGGAGACAGUCAGACCAUACCUGCCGCGGCGUAGAUGGCGGUGAUCACGAGCUUGAGGAGGGAAGAGGAGACGAGGACGAUGUGCGGCUGAUGAACGUGAACGAAGUGCUGAGCGAGGAGGAGAGACAACAACUCGCAUCUUUUGCGGGGGGCGCUGGGGCAGGGAGAUUUUGUGGAUGGAGGAGGCUCCGAAAAUACGUUCCUGUGUUUGUUGGCAUCGGGCUACUGGGCUUGUUGUACCUCUGGAGAUGGACCACGUUGCUUGUAGGCAAGGAUACCGCGAACGAAGUCAAGGUGUUGGGCUCGGAAAGGAUGUGACCACUUGUCCAUUCAUGUUACAACGAUUGCCGGGAAGUACUUGUGUUGAAGCUCGUUCCGGCUUUCAUGUUUUGUGCGUCGGGAUUCGAUUUAUCAUUGGAUCGGAUGUAUAUACAUGGUUGGCACUGAUGCCGUUGAGAGCACCUCGUGAAAGCACCAAUAUUUCGAGACUCUCUCGCGGUUUUUUCCCUCUCUGCCGCAAAGGCGUGCUUCGAAGUCGCGAGGAGGGAGGAUGGGUGUGAAGCUGCCGCCGCUGCUUUUCUUGUACCGUUUCUCAAGUUAAUGCACAGCGUAGGGCAGGGUCACUCACCAUCGAAGUUGAGCUAUAUGUUGACCAGGCGAACGGAUUAAUUAUUGUUUGGCCCACAACAGG